AUGGAAUCACCCCGGGUCGGGUCCAUACUGAAUCUUCACCCUAUAUCUGGCCGUCGUCACCGUGUUCAUCGAUAUGGACGACCACGGCGUGCAAGAAGUUUACCUCCCCCAAAUCGCAUGUUCAGGCGACCACCUAGGCCCAUGCCUUUCCUACUUCCUAUACAGCUUCAGCUUCCUGACACAUGGCGUCUCUGGAAGCCAGCCGUCGUUCAUUGCCCAGCAGUGAAAAGCCCCCCACGUUGGCGCCCAUGUCCCAAUUACGGUCCCGGCGAGAACAAGUUCAGGCUGUGCGAUACCAGAAGUCUAGACGAUAAAUUCCCCUUUCCGCUCAAAGGUUACUGUAGGUGGGAAAUCGAGUCUAUGCCCGACCAGUUACUGGCCCAGAUAAUCACCGAUUGGCGCCGAACUCCAGCUUUGUCCUUUCGACCUGACACUCGAAAUGUGAUAUCGCGUAUUACCCCUAACUUGGUUGCAAAGUGGGGACCGAACGUCUGUCAAGCAGAGGCAGACAUCAUGUGGAUUAUUGAGAGCAAAUGGAGAGUGAAAACUCAUGUCCCAAUAGUGCACAAGAUCCUCCGCGACGAAGUCACCGGGUAUCUAAUCAUCAUCAUGGAUUACAUCCACGGUUCCAACUUGAUCGACAUCUGGCAUCAUAUAUCACCAGCACGUCAACACAAACUCACUACGGAUAUUGUUGAAUUGAUCCGCACCAUGCAAACAAAUACCGCCAGGUAUCCAGGACCGGUUGGAAUGAAUCGCAUGCGGGCCUUAGCUCAUGAGAGCCAUGUCGCUCCGGUCUGUAUGAGUGGGAAAGACUACGAUGGGUAUAUGAACACCAUGCUCAAUAUAACCAAUUGUCGCCGGCCUCAUUCCCUUCGAGUACAGGGUUUUGUGAGGACACAUUUAGGAAAAUUUGUUCUGGCAAACAUGAAGCUAGACCCGAGUAGCUUCAUUGUUGACAAUAAAGGCAAUAUUUGGAUUGUUGGUUGGGGGAAUGGCGGCUUCUACCCUCCUGAAAGUGAGCUUGCCGUGGCCGAGCAUUUGAUGCCGUCGAGAUUCAACCCCUUGAAAUGGGAAAUUCUUCUAAAAAUACCACAUAACUGGCCGCAAAGACAAUAUCUGAGGGCGAUUGCUGCAAUGGUAGACGGUGAUCCUCAGGAGAAAAGGGGCAGUGGUUUUUCUCGUCUUGCAAAUUACCUACCAGAGAAAAAGAAGAUGUAA